GAGAGAGAAAGAGAGAGAGAGUCCAGAGAGAGAGAGAGAGUCGGAUAUUUUAAUACAUAGUUGUACUGACAAACACAAAAAUCGGAUGGUUUCGCGUGGAAAAAGUUAUGAACCUUGUUCGUUCCGUGGGGACCCUGAUACAAGCUGCGUUCGCACCCUCCGGAUGUACUUGAUUUGUUUGGUGUCUGCAGAGUAGGAGAUGCCUCUGCCUGUACAGGUCUUUAACUUUCAGGAGAGUGCAGUGUCAGGGCAGGGGGUGGCUGCAGGGGUGGAGCAGGAUGAGACAGAGGACAGCGAGCUGGGCAGGGCCAGGGCCAGAGAGGGGGAGCAGAGGGGCAGGAGCCAGGCCCGGGCUUCUCCCUGGACCGGCCUGCUCCCCGCAGCCCCGCACAGCAGCAGGUCAGAGAUGCGCCUCCCUGUCACGGCAGGGGACUCCGCCUUGAGAAGCAGUCUCUCUGCGUGCUCCCUUCUCCCUAAGGGGUCUGUGGAGCCCAUGCAGGUUGAUGCCGAGCCCCAGAAAGACCAGCAGAACGACCCGGACAGCAGCUAUGUGGUGGAGAACCCCACACUGGACCUGGAGCAGUAUGCGUCCAGCUACAGCAGCCUGAUGAGGAUCGAGCGGCUGCAGUUCGUCGCGGAGCACAGUCCCCGGCUGAGGGCCGAGGCCCUGAAGAUGGCGCUGGCCGUCGUCCAGAGGACCUUCAACGUGGACGUGUACGAGGAGAUCCACCGCAAGCUCGCCGACGCCACACAGGGGGUCCAGGGGGUCCCGGACGCGGUGCCUGAGGGGGGGGUGGAGCCUCCUUCCCUAGACCCAGCCUGGGCCGAGUCCACCAGGAAGAAGGCUCUGCUCAAACUGGAGAAACUGGACACGGACCUGAAGAACUACAAGGGCAACUCCAUCAAAGAGAGCAUAAGGAGAGGUCACGAUGACCUGGGGGACCACUACCUGGACUGCGGUGACCUUAGCAACGCCCUCAAGUGCUACUCCCGCGCCCGCGACUACUGCACCAGCGCCAAGCACGUCGUCAACAUGUGUCUUAACGUCAUCAAGGUCAGCGUGUACCUCCAGAACUGGUCGCAUGUACUUAGCUACGUCAGCAAGGCUGAAUCCACCCCAGAGAUAGCAGAGCAAAGAGGAGAGCGAGAUAGUCAAAACCAAGCAGUCCUUACCAAACUCAAAUGUGCUGCAGGCCUGGCUGAGCUGGCCUCUAGGAAGUACAAACCUGCCGCCAAGUGCUUCCUCCUUGCGUCGUUCGACCACUGCGACUUCCCAGAGCUCCUGUCCCCCGGUAACGUAGCCGUGUACGGGGGAAUGUGUGCUCUGGCCACCUUCGACAGACAGGAGCUCCAGAAAAACGUCAUCUCCAGCAGUUCAUUUAAGUUAUUUUUAGAGUUGGAGCCUCAGGUCCGCAACGUCAUCUUCAAGUUCUACGAGUCCAAGUACGCAUCGUGCCUCAAACUGCUCGACAACAUGAAGGACAACCUUCUGCUGGACAUGUACCUGGCUCCCCACGUGAGGACUAUGUACACACAGAUCCGGAACAGAGCCCUCAUACAGUACUUCAGCCCGUAUGCGUCGGCAGACAUGACCGAGAUGGCCCAGGCAUUCAACACCAGCGUGGCAGCUCUGGAGGAUGAGCUCUCCCAGCUCAUCCUGGAGGGACUCAUCAACGCUCGCAUCGACUCCCACAGCAAGAUCCUGUAUGCGCGCGACGUGGACCAGAGGAGCUCCACGUUCGACAGGUCCCUCCACAUGGGCACGGGGUUCCAGAGACGAGCCAAAGCCCUGAUCCUGCGGGCCGCCGUGCUGCGCAGCCACGUCCACAUCAAGUCACCCCCAAGAGAAGGCAGCCAGGUGGAGCUCACGCCUGCCAACAGCCAAAUGUGGAUGAUCACCAACAUGUGAGGACGAGAACCCCCCCGUCCCCCCUCCCCUCCUCUUUGGUGCCCCCUGGGAGGGACCAUUACAGCCGGGGAGGGGGGAGUACAAAAACAACAACAUUCACAGACCUUCCCCCCUCCCCUUCUUCAGAGGAUGGUACGAUUCCCUGCUGAGAAGGAAUAUCACUAUCGUACAGACUUUUUAUUUAACGUUAAAUUGUUUAUGUAUCGGGAGACGGGAGAAGGAUUGAAAGAAAAAAUGUUUUGUUGCUCUUGUUUUGGAAAUAUGAACGUUGAAAGGAGGAGGAAUGGAGUUGUGGCACUUAGAAAAGCUGGUGUCACCUCAGAA